AUGGAGAUUACCUGUCUAAUGAAUAAAGAACUCUCUAAAAUUCCAACAACAGCAACAUCUUCAAAAUGUCUUCGACCACAGAUGGUGGCAUACUUAUCCUGUGAACACUACUGCAGCAAUCCAUCCUUUGGCCUUAGUCCUCCCCUCCUGACCAGCUCCCUCCCCCACCCCAGCCUCCAGAACCUCAGUCAGAUUUGGAGGAAAGAACCAGUUUCAGACAGAUUGCUUCAGACCACACUAUCUCCACUCGCCCAGCCCGGUGGAAGACUAGUGACCAUGUUUUCCAAUGCGGCAGGAACCGUAGCUGCUGGAAAAAGGACUCACGAGGAUGACCUCAGACACCUUCAAGAAGACCAGUCCCUCUCCGUGGUGGUUACAAAGACCUAUUUGGAAGACGUCAUUUCAAGCUCCCUCUUUUUUUCCCUCUCAUGCCCUUCUUGGGGAUUCUUCCUCUCUGCUUCUUCAUAUUUCCUUACAUAUUUCCCGUGUGCCUCCACUUCUCUCUCACUCUGUCCAUCUAUUAUUGUAAAGGCUGCAGAGUUGGUCUCAGACCACGCAAGAAGGAAGGUACACCUUUUCUCCUUGCUGCUUGUUGGCCUCUGGGGCUGUGCAACCUGCCACUGGAACCCCGUGGAGGGCAUCUGCACUGCCAAGCCCCGGGACAUUCCUGUGAAUCCCAUGUGCAUUUACCGCUCACCAGAGAAGAAGGCUGUUGAGGAGGAGGGCCCAGAGCAGAAGAUCCCUGAGGCCACCAACCGGCGGGUCUGGGAAUUGUCCAAGGCCAACACUCGCUUUGCCACCGCCUUCUAUCAGCACCUGGCUGACUCCAAGAAUGACAAUGACAACAUUUUCCUGUCGCCCCUGAGUAUCUCCACAGCCUUUGCUAUGACUAAGCUGGGUGCCUGUGACAAUACCCUCAAGCAGCUGAUGGAGGUGUUCAAGUUUGAUACCAUUUCCGAGAAAACAUCCGAUCAGAUCCACUUCUUCUUUGCCAAAUUGAACUGCCGGCUCUAUCGAAAAGCCAAUAAAUCCUCUGAGUUGGUAUCCGCCAACCGCCUUUUUGGAGACAAAUCCCUCACCUUCAACGACACCUACCAGGACAUCAGUGAAGUAGUAUAUGGAGCCAAGCUCCAGCCUCUGGACUUCAAGGAAAAUGCAGAGCAGUCCAGAGUGACCAUCAACAACUGGGUGGCGAACAAGACAGAAGGGCGUAUCACUGAUGUCAUUCCCCCGGAAGCCAUCAAUGAGCUCACUGUCCUGGUGCUGGUUAACACCAUUUACUUCAAGGGUCUGUGGAAGUCAAAGUUCAGCUCUGAGAACACAAGGAAUGAACCGUUUUACAAGGCUGAUGGGGAGUCAUGUUCAGUAUCUAUGAUGUACCAGGAAGGCAAGUUCCGCUAUCGGCGCGUGGCAGAAGGCACCCAGGUGCUUGAGUUGCCCUUCAAGGGUGAUGACAUCACCAUGGUGCUCAUCCUGCCCAAGCCUGAGAAGAGUCUGGCCAAGGUAGAGCGGGAACUCUCCCCGGAGGUGCUGCAGGAGUGGUUGGAUGAACUGGAGGAGACACUGCUUGUGGUCCACAUGCCCCGCUUCCGCAUUGAGGACAGCUUCAGCGUGAAGGAACAGAUGCAAGACAUGGGCCUUGUGGACCUGUUUAGCCCUGAAAAGGCCAAGCUCCCAGGUAUUGUUGCUGAAGGCCGGGAAGACCUCUAUGUCUCAGAUGCAUUCCAUAAGGCAUUUCUUGAGGUAAACGAGGAAGGCAGUGAAGCAGCAGCGAGUACCGCCAUCGGGAUUGCUGGCCGUUCGCUGAACCCCAACAGGGUGACCUUCAAGGCCAAUAGGCCGUUCCUGGUUCUUAUAAGGGAAGUUCCUUUGAAUGCUCUUAUCUUCAUGGGCAGAGUAGCCAAUCCUUGUGUCAACUAAUGUGUUGUUAUUCUUCGCACUUCUUUCUAUAUUGGUUUGUGAACAGAAGUAAAAAUAAAUACGACCCCAUCUCACAAUUAUGAAUGGACAUUGCUGCUUGAAACAAAAUAGCGAUAAAAGAGAAUGAAGACACUAUUGGGGCAGCUGGUAAAAUGGUGGUUUUGAGUAUUGUCUACCCAGUGGACACAUCUGGGUCAAGAAAGGAAGGUGGGAGGUAUGUCACUGCUUCACCUUGAAAGAAAGCAGGCAUCCUCAAAGGGCAGGGAAGCUGGAAUU